GCGAGUCCUGGCAACCGUCUCACUUCGUGGCCGUCAGGGAAGGCGCAGGGCGUCAGGCAUCUCUCCUCUGGUCGGCUGUUUCACCAGUGCCCGCAGGCGAGAUAAGGCAUCAGCCUGUCACAGCUACCACUUAUCACCAGCAAGCAACUGCUCGCUCGGCCGUCCUCCCAGCACCGUGCCCUACUGGGCCUGCUCACCCACAGUCCCGCUCCUGUUCUCCUCGUAGAGGUGCACAGUCCAUCCACGGCGUCCGACCCUUUCUUAGUGUCCACCGUGUUACGUUUUCCCCCUGUGCAUGUCUUUAUUCUUAGUUAUAAGAAUGUCCAAUGUGCUCGCCUGGGAUGUGGGGCUGGUGGGGGCGUGGUUCCCUACUUUCAUGCUGGUUCUGUUUACGACCCUCCUCGUCCUCAGAGUUUUUCAAGGGCGACCCAAGAACUUUCCUCCUGGAAUGAUGAUCCUUCCCGUGGUGGGUUCCCUCCUGUCCAUGCCGUUCGGGCCCAGCGUGGAGAUGCUGCGUGGCCUGAGGAAGAAAUACGGUGAUGUAGCAAGCUUUGCAAUAUUCGGCAACAGGGUGGUGAUGGUGAGCGGCCCCAAGCUCAUCAAGGAGACCUUUAGUCGCAAGAACACUGCCGACCAUCCUGAUUUCAUGUUCGGCAGUGGCAAGAACAUCAUACUUACGAACGGCCGCACACCUAAUAUCGGUAUUAUAGCAACGAAUGGACAGUUGUGGCAGGAGCAGCAGAGAUUCUUCCUACGCCAUCUCAGCGGCUUGGGCUUCGGCAAAAGUAGUUUCGAGUCCCUCACUACUGAUGAGAUCGCAGAGUUCAUUGAUGUCCUGGUGAAGGAAGGAGGUCGCCCCAUAGAAAUGAGUCAUCUGUUUCACCGCUCAGUCAUCAAUGUACUGUGGACACUGGUCAUGGGGAAGCGCUACCCGUACAGCCACGCCAGGUUUAACGAAAUGGUGAAGGACUUCUUUGUACCAGCUGAUUUCAAUCCUCUCUCCCCCGACCAACACAUUCCACACAUAUUUAAAGUAAUAGAGUACAUUCCCACUCACAGAAACGGCCUCAAGAGCCUCAAGAAGAUGUGCUCUUUUAUCAAGGAGGAGAUCAAGGAGUUCAUGACCAACGAAGAACUCAAGAAUGGCGAUAACUUCACAGCACUUUACCUGAAGGAGAUUGAGAAGAAAGAGAAUCCCAACUUCACCCUGGACAUGAUGGAAGGUGUGAUCGUUGACAUGUUCAUGGCUGGCAUGGAAACCACCUCGAGCACCCUCACAACAGCUAUGUACCUGUUGGGCAAACACCCGCAUGUGCAGAGCCGCGUGCACGAAGAGCUGGAUGAGGUCGUCGGCAAGGAACGCCGUCCUUCCUUCUACGACAUGGAAUCGUUGCCUUACGUAAAGGCCACCAUUCAAGAGGUGCAAAGAACAUUCAACUUGCCUAAGUUUUCUCUCCCACAUAUUACCAACAAGGACUGCAAGAUUGGCGGCUACGACAUACCCAAAGGAACCUGGCUGCUGACCAACCUGGACGACUCCCACAAAAGUCCUGAGUACUGGAAGAACAGUAAUGAGUUCGAUCCUCAGAAUUUCCUUGAUGAAAAUGGAAAGUACAAGUGGAAUAACGCCUUCAUGCCCUUCGGAACAGGUAAGCGGAUAUGUACUGGGGAACAAGUGGCCAAACAAACCCUCUUCCUGUUCUUCACUCACGUGAUGCAAAAGUUCAACGUCACGUUUGUCAAGGAGCACAGCCCUAUCGACGAUACCAGUCCAUUAUUCACCAGCCCACCACGAUAUACUGCUAGUUUUACGUGCCGUUCAACUUGUGACUAAGAGUCUAGCACAGACCCUGCACCUUAUUAUGUCACACUGUUCUCUUCAUUGGGCUUCUCCGGUCACAGUCUUAUUUCUGCAUCCUUGCCUAUGGCUCCAGUACUCCCUCUGGAUGCAUCAGAGCGAAGGUGCUUUUGGCACUCCAGAUCAGCAAGAUGAGAGGAACUUAUUUUCUUUUUUUGUGCCUUUGUCAAGAUUCCUUAGAUCAUAAAAAUGCACAAUAAGUAAAAAAAAAAAAAAUAAUAAUAAUAAUAAUAAUAAGGGUGAUAAUGAUGAUAAUAAUAAUAAUAAUAAUAAUAAUAAUAAUAAUAAUAAUAAUAAUAAUAAUAAUAAUAAUAAUGAGGGUGAUAAUAAUAAUAAUAAUAAUAAUAAUAAUAAUAAUAAUAAUAAUAAUAAUAAUAAUAAUAAUAAUAAUAAUAAUGGGGAUGAUAAUAAUAAUAAUAAUAAUAAUAAUAAUAAUAAUAAUAAUAAUAUAGAGGUAUUCAGUGUAUGUAGAUAGAUUGACUAUUAUCAAAUUAUCAUUAAAAGAUUACAUUGUACAUGAUGUAACAGUAUAUCAGCUAUAGUGAUGUGUAUAUUACAAGUUAAAGAGUUUAAAAUAAAUAGCACAUGAUGGAUCGCCAACCACUCGGAGUUGUCACGUGCUGCACGGAAUGCUUCUUGCCACAUCAGAACAACGCAGGCCACCGCUGAGGAAAAUAUGAGCAUUCUUUGUUUACUGUCUGUCUGCACAGAUGGUUAACAACAACUGUGAAGUAAGAGCCAUACACAGGAAACUGUUAAUUAAUAAGAAUGUAUUGGGAGUCAUUAGCAGAAAUGCUUCCUGUUCGCUCAUCUUGAUGUAGAUUCUCUUGUUGAGAGGUUUACAUGAAACCCUCACAACUCUGGAGUCAAGAGUGACUUCACCAAUAUAUUACUAAGUUUCGUGGCUUUGUCCCUAUAUUUGUUCGCAUGUCCACACUUCCUUUUUCAUCUUAGAUCACUACUCUAGGCGACUCUAGUUAUUCCUAAGUUCGAAAUAUACAGUGUGAACAAUAUAAAUAGUUGCUAAAUAAACAGCAUAUAUUAGUAA